UUUUUGCAAUUUUUAUCACAAAUUUUACCUUAUAUUAAUUCAACUUUUGCCCUUCGGAUGGGGUUUUGGGGUUUUGGGGUUUUGGGGUUUUGGAUUUUUGGAUGAAAAUUUUAAUUUUUGGUACUUUUCUGGAAGAAUUCUGACCUGACUUAUCUUGUGUUAUCUAAUUUUACAUAGAAUUUAUUCAGAGCAAUGUCUUGAAGCUUCUUUUCUCUCUUGGAUCGCUAACUAUGAUGACAGUAUCACAUUUACUUGUCAAAUUGCUUGGAGUAUCAAGUCCUUAUCUUUCAGCUCAUGAUCUUUUAUUUUUCAGAGGAAUAUUUUUGAUACUCGUUGGCCUGAUAUUAGGAUUAACAGCACGAGCAUAUUUAGAAGUAAGAAAUUACUCAGUAAGAGCCUGGUGAAUAAUCUGGCUACGAGUCCUUGUUGCUCUAAUUAAUAAUCUUUGAGUCAUGUAUGCUCUUGCAAGAUUGCCAAUUUCAAAGACUGUUCUCAUUCUUAGUCUGAAGCCCAUUGGAACCUCAGUUAUUGCAUUUGUAUUUUUAAGAGAAAGGAUAACAGUUCUGAAAAUUCUUUGUAUGAUUGGGGGUUCAAUUGGUAUCUACAUCAUAACUCUGAGUAGCCAAGACUCUGAAAAAGAUGAGAGUAUUUUUGGAUAUUUAGCAGCUAUAGCUUGUAUUUGGCUAGGAGGUGCAACACCUGUGCUUUAUCAAUCAUUGAACUCUCACGGUGUUCAUGCUUCUACAGUUGGAUUUCUUACUGGUAUUACCUUUAUCAUUCAGCCUCCUGUUGCUAGCCUAUUUAUUAAGAAUUUGCUUAAUUUUGAAAAAUACACUCCUUAUGAUCUACUAAUGAAUGCAAGCCACGGAUUCCUUUGUGCAUUCAUGUUUCUCUUCAUCUUCUGUGUGACAAAGUAUAUGAAAGCCUCCUCUUUUGCACCAAUAUUGAAUUUGGAGAACAUUUUCUCUGUGUUAUUUGAUGUUUUCCUAUUUCAAUACCACUUCACACUCCUAGAUAUCAUCGGAAUGACCAUCCUAGCCAUCUGAAUCGCUAUUCCAAUCCUCAAAAACAUAUAUAACCCCUAAAAUCCAAAUCUCAACUAAAACUUCACACCCUAAA